GUGGUGUUACAUGGGCGACAUCUGGUGGUUCAUUAUAGAAGCCAGAAUUCAACUGAAUCAUACUGGGUAAAUUGUGUUGUGUGAACAUUAGCAGUGGGGAAAUCAAUAUACGUAAUGGGUAAAUAUUCAUGUUUUUUGGAAACGAGUGGGAAACACACUAUACUAAAUGAAAGGCCAGACUAUGACAAACCAUUCAGUCAGUGUGUAUACAGUACACAUGCAAUAUCCAUUUGAGGGGCACUGUUUAAGUAGUACUGUCCAUAUACUGAUUCUGUGGCUAAAUGUAUCUGAGAAAUUGAUUCCAAAGUUGCUACCAACUGCUACCCCACUACAGUAUCCCCGGCCAUUGCACUGUGCGUAUGUGUGUGCUAGAGGAAGUAUUGUAAAUGGCUGGUCUUCUCAUCCAAUAGCAGAACAAACUGGACUUCCCUCCACUUUACUCUCCUCCCUCUAGUUUAUCUGUGGAAGAGUACAUUUAAAAUCUAACCCCACCUGAAACGCCCCGCCAGCCAAUCAGCUGGGGAAAGGUCAGUGACGAUGACACACCCUCCUUUGUUCAAAACCAAUGAGAGUAGAAGUGUGGCAUUUUGUCAGAGGGAAAAACGUACCCCUAGAACUGUUAAUCACGCAUCACUUAACUGUUGCCAAUGUGUUCACAACGGUACACCCUCUGUUGGGAUUUUUACCUCUACUACUCUCAUUUCUUGGUCUAUUUAGUAUGGAAAGUAGACAACAAUGGCUUACCAGACUGAAAAAUGAACUUAGCAACAGUCCUCUGGUCUCAAAUGUGGCUUUUGGAUUUAUCCUCAUGGGACUAGAGAAGCUGGUGGAGCUGGAGUUUGAGUGUCCUUGCAAUCCUAAAUGGAACGGACUGUUUUCAUCUGCCUUCUUCAUCAUUCCUGCUGUCAUGGCCUUCACGUUGAUGGUGAUCAUUCAAGGAUGCAGGUGCGAUACAUGGUGCCGGAAGACUGUGUCUUUUUCCAGUUUUGUUCCUGCAAUCGUGUGGCUGAUCUUGUUGUUCCUCGAUGGUCAGUACUUUGCUUGUGCAAUGACAGACUGGAAGGGCAGAUUUGUCAUAGUUGAUAAAGCAGCACCGCAGAAAUGGUGUGAGCCAACUAGUGAGGGAGAUGUCACACCGCAAGAACUAAUGCUCCGCUCGCAGCAGCUAUUUGUUGUGUCUCAAGUUCUAGGUAUAUUUCUUCUCAUAAUCAUCUGUGUGGGACUCAUAGUGUAUGUGAUCAGAGAGAGCUGCCAGCAGGCGUCUGAGAUGCAGGAUGCAGACGUAGCAGAGCUCACCGUGCUCAGGAUGAGCUCCCUAAGAACCAGGACGACGUGAGAGGACAGCCCCCCACGUUUGAAAUUACUCUUUCUAUUUGUAAAUAAGGAUUUUGGGGGUGAUUUCUUUUACCGUUUUUUGGAUUUACCUUUUGCAUUUUCAAUGGCACUAUCAUUCAGAGAGUGAUUUCAUUUCAUGAAACUAAUGAAAGAAAAGCCCAUACAUGGUUGCAUGCUGCACCCAUGGAAUGUACAUGUGUAUACCAUGAAUAUACGUCUUUACCAUGUGCAGACUUUUCUUUCAUUAUCAUCAACCGCAUUUGGCCCAGCAACAGUGGGAAAAUUUGGGACGUGCAUACCACACUACACACUCUCAUGACCUGCCUUCAAUGAAAUAUAUGUUUAUACAGUCAUGUAGACAAUCUGAUUCUAACUGGUUGAGCCAGUUUUAAUUUGUUGCUUCAUGAUGUCAGUACUUCAUGUAUAUUUCCUACAUAGACAUAUAUUUUGACUCAUUUCAGACACAGUUCUAGGUCAUAUAGUAUGUAUAGUACCAGUCAAAAGUUUGGACACACCUACUCAUUCCAGGGUUUUUCUUAAUUUUACUAUUUUCUACAUUGUAAAAUAAUAGUGAAG